GUGCACUGUUGGGAGUUUAUCAGGCGCUCAUGAGAUCUAUUAUGGAUUAUGGGGGUAUAGCAUAUAUGGCAGCUGCUGACAGUCAUUUGAGAAAACUUGAUAGUGAGCAAACACAAGCAUUGAGGAUUUGUUGUGGAGCUUUCAGAACAUCGUCUUUAGCUGCUUUACAAGUAGAAACUGGUGAGCUUCCUUUAAGAUUAAGAAGGUUGAAAUUAAUGUACAUGUACUGGGUGAACCUACAAGGACAUAAGUGUGAUCAUCCAACUAAGAUGGUGCUGAAGGAAUGUUGGGAACAUCAUAAAUUAAAUUGUAAUAGUUUUGGAUGGAUUGGGGAAAUAAAGGCAAAACAGCUUGGUUUAACUAUGCUCCAGUAUAGUGCUACAGUUCCUCAAUCUGAAAUUCCUCCAUGGUUAUUUCUAACUCCAGAAGUUGAUCUUCAAUUAAAUGAAAUUCUUAAAAAGGGAAAGACUCCAGAAUGGGUUGUAGUUAAUAGAUAUUUUGAAAGAUAUAAAGACAACAUAAUUAUAUAUACAGAUGGAUCUAAAGAUCCAAAUAGUGGUAGAACUGGGGCAGCAGUGAAUAUCCCACACCAUAAAGUCUUGAUUAAGAGGAGAACAGCUGACCAUUUAGCUGUUUUUACAGUUGAAUUAUCAGCCAUCAUAUUGGCCUUAGAAUGGUUGCUUGGUAAUGAUACUAGGGAAGUAAGUACAUUUAUCAUAGCAUCAGAUAGUCAAGCAGCAUUAUUAAGUAUUAAAUCUGGUAAAUCUAGCAGAUUAGAUUUGAUAUUAAGAAUAUAUCAAUUAUUAGUUCAUCUUCAUAACAAUAAAUGCUUGGUUCAAUUUGUCUGGAUUCCUGCUCAUGUAGGUAUAGAAGGAAAUGAGGAAGUAGAUAUUCUAGCUAAGCAGGCCUUGAAAUCAGAUAUUGUUCAUCUGAAUAUUCCUUUGAGUAAAAAUGAGGGUAAAUCUAUUAUUCCAAAAGAAAUUAUUAAGAUUUGGCAGGAGCUAUGGGAUAACCAUGAUAAUGGGAGACAACUAUAUACAAUUCAAAAGAGUGUGGGAGAUAGUAAUUAUAUGAGUGGAAGGCGGAAAGAGGAAGUAGUUAUGUCUCGACUUAGAAUUGGACAUUCUGGACUUAAUAGUUCGCUCUUUAAAAUAGGAAAGCAUGAGAAUGGGGCUUGUAAUUAUUGCAAUCAGGUGGAAACAGUGGAGCAUGUCUUGUUAGAAUGUGAUAAAUACUCAGAGGAACGCCAGAUUUUAAAGUCGUUACUAAGUAGAAAGAAUAUAGGACUGUCUAUGAUUAGUCUAUUAGAUAAUAAAUCAAGUUAUGUUAGAAAUCUCUUAUUUAGGUUCUUAAAUAACACUGGGUUAAUGAGUCGUAUUUAGGAUAUGAACAAAUAUUUGUGUGUAUGCCAGUGCAUGCUCAUGCAUUAAUUCAGGUAUUAAUGAGUGUGUUAGGAUGUGAAUUUGCACAUCCUACACAUCAUUGAGGUAGAUUUAAUUCCCUCUGAGAUCUCUGAUGACCACACUCCAGUCUGGUAGGUGGCGGUAAAUGCACCUUAAGUUGGAUGCCAGCCGCCAAUAAAAAACAAAAGAAGAAGAAGAAGAAGAAGAAGAAUAAAUCUUCCUGUUAUGCUGGAGAAAGCUUAACGUGUGUGCCUCAUCUUUUCUAUACCACAGGUUGGUAAAAUGUAUUUUUGUACAUAUAUAUUGAUGACCUUCGGGAGUUAAAGAGCUCAUUGAAUCGGUUGUUGACUAGUGAGUCAUUUUGUCCGGUUUGUGUUGAGUAUUGUGUGGAAAACGGGACACAGUUCUGGAGGUUGGGGUAUGCUAAUGCUAGCGGACUUUGGUUUCUAUGUAUUAAGCUAGCUGAGAAACGGCUAAAGUACUACCAAUUUCAUAUUGAACUGGUUUGAUGCAUUUUGUUUCUUUCCAGUGUUGUAUCUAUUUAUCUGGCAGAUAAGGUACUGUUGUAAGAUAAGAUGCUUGGACAUUAAAGUGUGUUUUACCUAUGCAGAAUAGGUCGUGAAGGCUAUUAAAAUAUCGAAAAGCAAAUUCAUGCACUGUUAUUUGAAUUGUUAAAAAAACAAAUAUUUGAAAAUAUGUUCAUUACACAAGAAGAAUAAAUCUUCCUGUUAUGCUGGCGAAAGCUUAACGUGUGUGCCUCAUUUUUUCUAUACCACAGCACCACACGUUGAGGGAAGACCAUCACAUACAUUACCCUCAGCCCUCCAAGGUUGCGGGGUAACACUUGC